ACAAGGACAGGAGGAUGCAGUUUAAACCUUUUCUUCUUCUUCUAGCAGUCGUAGCAGCUCAGGAUGACGCUUUCUUCGAGUGUCCGGAGUCAAACGGUUUCUUUCCUGAUCCCGAGCAGUGUGAUAAAUAUUAUGAAUGUGUGAAUAAGGUUCCUGAAACUAAGUUCUGCUCUGAUGGAUUACUAUUUGAAGCUUCUGAUCCAAACAACGAACUCUGUGAUUAUCCUUUUAAUGUGGACUGCGGAGCUAGAGAGUUUGUUCAGGAACCUGAACCUGGACUAGAUAUUAAAUGUUACAGAGCUAACGGUUUCUUUAACCAUGAAGAUCCUCUGAUUUGCAACAAAUACUACAACUGUGUACAUGGAUUCCCCCACGCCUACGAGUGUCCUCCCCCUCUUGUGUUCGACGAGGCCCAAGGAACCUGUGUCAGGGAGGAACAAGCCUCCUCCUUCGCCAAGAAGUGCGAGAAGAGCGACGUCAAAGAGGAGAUCGAAGGGUUCAGCUGCCCUGAUGGAGAGACUCUAGGACCUAACGGUCAACCCCUCGCCCAUCCUUCCUUCCCCCAUCCGACCUCCUGCAGGAAGUACCUCACCUGCUAUUUCUCCAAGGACUUAAAUGAGCUCGGAUGCACAGAGGGACUCGUCUUUGAUGACCGCAGCAAUACUUGUGUUCCACCUGAGGAGGGGCCUAAGGAUUGUAAAUGCUGGUACGAGUGUGAUCCUAAGAGCGACUGUCCUGACUCCUGUAAUACAGACUGCAGCUGCAGUUAAUGUCGUCUUUUUUCUGUCCUGAACAGCUGUUCUCAGCUGUUUAACAAGCUGCAGCUUUCUCCAAGAGCUUUUUUGACAUCCGCAGUUGUCAUUUUUGUUUUCAGUUGCUCAUUCUGUUCAAAUUGUUAAAUUGUUCAUUAAAAUGUUUUUUGAUUAAAUAA